UGAGACCCAGAGCUGACUUCCUGCUCCGCGCUCAGGGCCCUUGAUGAGACCCAGAGCUGACUUCCUGCUCGGCGCUCAGGGCUCUGGCAGCUUCUCUGGGCGGGAAAAUGGCUGGAGAGGGCAGAGAGCUCAGCACCAGGAUGUCUUUGGAAAAUCAGAACAUAGACAACAGGCUCUUCUUUGAGACUGUAUUCAGGCACUUCAAAAGACACAAGGUACAGAUUUCAAGUGCAAUAAAAAAGACAUUUCCUUUCUUUGAAGGCCUCCGUGACAACGAACUCAUCACCAGUAAAAUGUAUGAAGACUGUCAAGAUUCUUGUAGAAACCUGGUCCCUGUACCAAGAGUGGUGUACAAUGUUCUCAGUGAGCUGGAGAAGACAUUUAACCCAUCGCUUCUGGAAGCUUUGUUCAGUGAGGUCAACAUGCAGGAAUAUCCUGAUUUAAAUCACAUUUAUAAAAGCUUCGAAAAUGUGAUCCAAGAGAAAAUUAAUUACGAAGAAAGUAACGGACAAAAGAGGCCUGCCAUCCAACUGAGCCUUGAGCAAGGAACUGGCGGAGACUUUCAUUCCAGCCCGACCUCUUCCCAGGCAGUCCCCUUGUCUGAUGAUGGUAUGACCCCAAAUGAAAAUGGGCUCUCGGAUCACCUCAGUGAAACAGAGCAGAUGAAUGCGAAGAUGAAAGAUAGAACCAGCGACCAAAAUGGUGCUCUAGAAAGCCAACAAGCAAAUGGACAAUGUGCCCAAGAGUCUGAACCAGCAGGAGCAGAGCCAUCCAGCCAGGGACUACAAAUCAAUUCCUGUUCUAUCCAUCUAGUGGAUAUAAAGAAGGAAAAGCCAUUUUUUAACUCAGAAGUUCAACUGCAAGCCCAAGCAAGGACUGACUAUAACCAGGUGUCUGACAUAAUAGUGAUCAGCAGUGAGGACUCUGCAGAAUCCAGUGACGGAGACGAGUUCCCAGAACCCUUCACACCAACACCAAGAAGGGCGGCUGGGGAUCUUCCUGACCGAGGGAUCGAACCCGAGUGUCCUCCUUGGCAGGCGGAUACUUUACCACUGAGCCAUGUGGAAAGCCAAUGUACCCCGAUUAAGAUAGAGCCCAGGAAUUUGAGAAAAACAACCACACCCAGAAAAAGGGUUUGGCAAAGAGUGAUACUGAAUGAAGACUCUUUAGAGUCCAGCGAGGACGAGGUGCCCUGGGGAACACAGAGCUCAGCUCUGAGAAGUGGCCCUGAUGAAGAUCCUACAGAUAUUGGAAACACAUCGAUUCGCAGGAGAAGUAGGAAAAGAUGGACACGCUGUAGUGACUCUUCAGACUUCAGCAAUGAAGGAGAGCCUCAGGCAACAUCUAGUUCAGCCCUAAGAAAUGAGUCAAGUAAAGAUUAGGAUGUUCAGCCUUGGCCUGCAGCAGGUCAGGAGUGAAAAGCCACUGUUUUGAAGACCUUGUGUCCUGUUCAUCCUGGAACUCCCUUCAGUGGUUUUAAAAAUGGAAUAAGGCAAGAAAUUUGUGAACUCAUAUUUAAUAAGAUAAAUCCUAUUGAUGAAAUUA